UCCUCCACUCUGAGCUCAGUCACUUACACACACACACACACACACACACACACACUCUCUUUUCUCUCUCCUGCUGUGUGCCAGUCCCUCUCUCCCUCUCGACUUCCUCUAAGUGGCCACAGCUUCUCUCUUUUCUCUUGUCCUCUUUACAUCCCUCCACCACUCUCUUUCCAACUCCAGCUGUGAGAACAACCCGGCUCUGUCUGUUCGUCUUCACCUCUACAAGUUAAACGGAUCUCAGGCCGCUACUUUCACUAACUUUCCACUGAAGACUUAUUUUCGUUCUUGACCUUUUUUUUAUUUAUUUCUGGUCCUUCACCCUUCCCCUCUGGAGAGGCCGGUUGGUGUGUGUGCGGCGUGUGUGCAGCAGCGUGUGGAAGGGCUCUGGUGUCGUGCUCUGCCCCGAGGGAGUCCAUAAAGGUUGUGACUGGAGGAGAAAAGUUUUCAACACAAUGAAUGUUCAGCUGUUGCUCCUCUUGGCCCUGGUUGGCCCUUUCUGCGCCUUAACACAUGCAAGCCCCACAGGGAUCCCUCCACAACCCGAUGAGACCACUAAGACUGUGACAGACAUCCCUGAGGCCAGCGAUUCUCCAAAAGAGGAACUGACUGUUAUCACUGGUCCUCCUGCAACUGAACCAGCGGCGGCCCCUGAAGAAGUUGCAACAGAAGUUGUCACCAAGGCGGCGCCUACUGCCUUUACUGUCAAUACUGACGUCGUCGAGACAGAUGCCCCUGCUGCUGCUACUACUGUAGCAGCACCAGAACCCCUUAUCACUGACGCUCCUGUAGUGGAGACCGAAGCUACCACUGAGCCUGCUGAUGUAGAGGACCAACCUGAGGUGACGGAAGCCGCCCAGACAGUUGGAGGGGUGGUCAUUGAAAACGACACAGAGGGUCUUCCCACAGAGGAGGGCCUGAGUUCUGGCCAGGUAGUCGGGAUUGUGAUUGGCGCUCUGUUGGCUGUGGUCGUCCUCAUUGCCGUGGUGAUUGCUGUGGUGAGGAGGAUGGGAAAAUACUCGUCUGCCAAGAGCAAAAAACCUGCGAAAAAAGACAGCGUUAUGGUUUCUCCCUUGAGGAAAAAGUCUGCCAAGCAGCAAGAGCGCUCAAAGUUCUGGAAAUUCUGAACUACUGAACUGUGACGUCUUUUGCGAUCAUUAAAACAACGAUACCUGAACUAAACCAAUUUAACCAGGACUCUGGACUUUUGCCAAAAAAGAGGGGGAGGGAGGCUUGUGUGUUAAUGUAUGUUAUGUAUGAAUACUGACAAAACUAAAGGAAAUAAAAUACACAUGGAAGGUUGGAGCAGGAAAGAAAGCAGAAGAGACUGUUACAAAUUCCACAGGCUGUGUAUACACAAUGCAAGGGGUCUACAGUACAUAGUAUACAGCUCAUGAGUUUCUCCUAUAUUGCAGUCAGAGGCGUAGCACAAAAUUCUGGACCCUGUGCACAGGCAUCUUUUAUGGGCCCCUCCCCGCAUCCACGGCUAUUAAUUCUAGUAUCUUUGUGGGCCCCCUUCUCAUAUGAAGGCCCAAAUACUCAGUCCUCUUUUCCCCCCAGUCCGACACCCCUGGUUGCAGUUGCGUGGCUAGUGGUUUAUUAUGGAAUACACAGUACAUACAGAAAGCCUUAAGGCAGUUUUAUGCUUCUGUGUCGAAUUGACGGCGUAGACCCAGACCCGUCUGAUAUCGAUUCGACCCUAAACUGUAGCCUGACGUACACCCCUUUUGAAAAAUGUUACUACACAUCUCGCCCAUGCACGUCUCUUGGCCAAGGCUUGGUAGCGUUGCAUUUCCCCCGACUCAUUACCUGGUUCUUCUUCUCCAUAAACAACAUGAAAUCAAGGAGAGGGUUAACAUUUCCUGCUAAAGAUAAACAAAGUGUCUCCCCUGUGUUUUCUGACCAAGGUGAGACACUUUGUUUCUCUCAGUAUGACUCAGUACUCGCUCCGAAGCUUAUCGCCGCCACUCUUUCACUUCUCCCUCUACCACACUCCCCUCACACACACGCACAAGUAUAAAUAUCAGGCCACUUACGUAGGCUACCGCAAAAGCUCUGCGUGGAGCCUCCGCAGAAGCAUAAAACAGCCUUUAGGCUAUUGUUGUGGCUAACAGACCUUUAAAGCAGCCCUGAGCACCAGUUAAAACAUGUUCUCAUGUAACUAGGAUCCCUGAUAUGUUGGCCAACUGUAUGAAGCACCAUGUGCAGAAGUUGUUUAGACAUAACACACCCAUGAGCUCUGAGGGCUAGCAUGGGGCUUACAGAAAAGAAAAGGCACCCUCUUUCACAAGAGUAACGUGACAUUCUGCCCACUUUAACACUGACAUAUAAAAACCUAAUACAUAUCUGUGAAAUUUAGCAGAAGGGGUUGUGCCACUGUCUCUGGUAUUCUCUAGGUAGUUAGGGGGAUUUUAACUUUUGAAGUGCAUUAUUAAUGUGAAUUGACUGUACUUUUUAACUGCCACCCAUUCCAAAACAAAACAAAACAGCGUGAUGACUUCUGGCUCGUUCCUUAUAAAGGCCUAAACACACAGCCAGUGGUUAUUAGACAUAGUGAUAGCAUUGUCUUGACAAUUUAUUCAUAGUACUUCUGUUAAUAGUUAGAUUACCAGAACAGCCAUCCGGUCUUUAAAUUGAGCUAACCCCAGAUUGCCUGCACAGGAUGACAUUUUAUAGUUGCACUUAGUUUUAGUGCCCAGUGUUAGGCAGUAAUGCCCUAUUUUGUUAUUUUUGCAAUAGUAAGUGUGCUAAAUGGGUGUACAAAUAAUGAAGUCUCAGCUUAGCUCCACUUGCUUUACAAACUCGUUUAAUAUGUGCACUGAAUGAGUGAUGUAAUGUUUAAUGAAUAGGCUUUAGACACUGCAAAUGUUUGCAACGACUUGUUUGUGUUUCAUCUCCUCUGAUUUGCCACAUAUUAUCGGUUCUAGGUCUUUAAUUUGUGCCAUCUGAUUUGUUUGAACCCUUUUAUUUAAUUGCAGUGUUUUUGUUCAUACUGUUUCAAUAAAAAACUGAAAUCACUCUGAAA